AUGAGAAAUUUGGAGUGCCAAAUGGGACAGCUUGCCAGUGCUCAAAACACUAGACCAGCUGGAGCUCUUCCAAGUGACACUGAAGCUAAUCCUAAGACACCCCUUAAUGCCGUGUCGUUGAGGAAUGGGAGACAAUUAGAAGAAGUUCAGUCUAAAAAGAGGAAACAUGUGACUUUUAAUGAGAGGCCAGCCACUAUAGAAUCAACAUCAGAAAAAUCUAAGGAGUCAGAGAAGCUAGCUGGAGAGGCGGUGGCUGAGCAACCCCCACCAUUGGUUGCAAGGACACCACCUCCGUUCCCUCAAAGAUUGCAGAAAUACAUCAAGGACAUAGUGGCAAAUAAAAGGAGGCUGACCGAGUUCGAAACUGUGGCACUCACUGAGGAGUGCAGUUCAAGAAUUCAAGGCAAGUUACCUCAUAAAUUGAAGGAUCCAGGUAGUUUCACUAUCCAAAUCUCGAUUGGUAAACAUGCUGUUGGGCGAGCUUUAUGUGAUCUUGGAGCGAGCAUCAAUUUGAUGCCACUAUCUGUGUUCAGACGGUUGGAGUUGGGUGAGCCACACCCAGCAACAAUUAUCUUACAGUUGGCUGAUCGCUCCCUUGCUCAUACUGAAGGAGUGAUUGAAGAUGUGUUAGUUCAAGUGGGUUCUUUUAUAUUCCCAGCUGAUUUCAUUAUCUUGGAUUACGAGCCUGAUCAGGAAGUCCCGUUUAUUUUGGGGCGUCCAUUCUUAGCCACGAGCUGA